CUACACCUCACUCUCUAAUGCAUUAAUAAUGCAUUAAGAAUCGAAUCAGAAUCGAUUCCGAAUCAUUUCUCACCAACCAUGGAUUUUCAAUGGGGAGAUUCGCCCCCGGUGCAUUUAACUCCACAGUAUCGAAGCGGUAACACCGAGCAAACUCUCGAGCAAAUUCUCGAGCAAUUGGAAUUCACACCACGUCCACCCAUUUGGGGCAACUCUGACACAACUGAUGCCAAUACGGGCCAAGAGAUUGAAGAGUUCGAGGGAAAAUUGAAUCCAGUUUCACUUACAAGUAAUGUAACUAACGUUACUGAAGUACCUGAUCCCCGUACUAUUAAUACUCUAGUAUCAGCAAUACCACUUCAGUUCUCAACAAGGAACUCCCCAAUCGAGACACCGUUAUGGGUAGACACUAUUAUCUACACUCCGCAGAUACCCGAAUACCCGCAAAGCUCGAUGACAGGGGUAUGUUAUAUAAUUCCUGUUGGAGCACUUGAUGCCGAUGAAGUAAAAAAACCAUGGAACUCGGUUCAAUAUUGCCUUUCUCGUAAACACCCUACUUCGGUAACAACUACUACGCUACUCGAUGACGUGCGUUGUUAUCGUACAAUCUUUUCCUGCACCGGAGGGAAAGGUUGUGAGUUUAUUCGAGAUCGAUGGCACCAUUUCGAGGCAACAGAAGAUAUCUUCAACGAGAUGGCUGCAGUUCGCAACGACCUCUCUGAUCCAAAUUUGCAGCAACGAGCUCACAGUUUCGUUCAAGCCUGCUUGGAGAGAUUCCGGACAUAUUCCUGUACUCACAAGCGACCAACGUGCGAAUUGGAGGUGUUCUCUAGCGACAGUGAGGAUUCAACGGACAAGUCAUGGUUCAUCCAAUGUGUGAAUUAUCAAGAGCCAAAUGAGAACCACUUCGGCUCUCUUCUUCCAACUGAAUUCAACCAUCUCAAGUCUGAAGUGCAGAGGAUUGUCGAAGGUCUUGAUCUAGUGCCGGCGGAGAGUUGCGGUGUGAUGGAUUCGAACCGACGGAGAGUAAAGACUUGUGGUAAAAAACACUUUGGUCAAGCUGGAAAUAUUAUCCAGUUCAAAUGUCAUGUUACUUGGGUUUUCUAUACCCCAUUGGAUGGUAAAUCGAGCCCAAUUAUCAUGGCUUCUCAUGGAAUGCAUACGCACCCACCAAUUCCUCCAACAAAGACCCCUAUUGGAGUUGGGAAUCAGUUGAUCAAGCUUGUCAACCAAUCUCAGAAUGGGAUGAGAUAUCUCGUACCCCUUCUUGCUUCCCCUGGCCUCCAAGCAUUUUGUCAGAUGUACAACCACCAGUCGACUAAGGAAGUCCACAAAAGCCUUAUUCGUAUGGAUCGAAUCCAGGCUAUUUUCCAGAAAAAGAGAGCGCUCGACUUCCCUAAUGCGAUCAGUCAAAUGUCGAUACUUCUUGCACAACGAGACCAGACGACACGUCGGUAUAUCCAAUAUGCCCGUGGUAAUGGCGAGCGCUUUAUUGCUAUUUGCUUUUAUGAAGGGCAAGUAGCUCUAUUUCGCCACUCCGAGUUUCACUCAUUUGAGAUUACUACCAAUCACAGUCCUCGGCCUGGUGCAAAGGACGUGGAAGUAAUCUGGAGUUGGUAUAGCCCAGUUACCGAACGAGCGCUCCCUCUUGUUCGAGUCGUCUCGAACGAUGCAUCACCUGAGAUGUAUACCUUCAUGUAUAAAAAGGUAUUUGAGAUCUAUCAAUCAGAUUUUGAUCUCGAGCUCCGGUGGAAGCAUCUCCAUGAUACUGGUCUAGUUGGAAUAACUAUCAAUCAAGAUUGGAAGAAUUUGAUUGGGUUUGGCAACUAUCUGUCAAAAUUUGUUGAUCCUGAGCAUCACGACUGGACCUGGCAAGUGAGCCGGUGUGUGCGAUUUUGCAAAAGCUUCUUCCAGCUUGAAUUGGAGUCUUAUUGCACCUCUGAUCGUAGCGAGGGCUCCAGGUAUGCCACAAUGCUCUCCAUCUUAGAUGCUCAGUCAGAGGCAGAGUAUCUGAAGCUGGUCAACCUCCUGGAAGACGAGCCUGACCUUUACGACUGGGCCCUACACAAGGGUCAUGGGGUAAUUCGGUCCGGCUUGAAUCAAGCCUGUAGCAAUAUAAGCGCGGAGGGUUGGGAUUUAUUCUGUGGGCAUACUAACACAGUUGAACUGCUGCACGAAAUCGUUUACAAGUGGACUAAGAUCAUGGAUCCCCUUCGCGACUGCAUCUGGGCAGCGGUCUUGAUAUGAAAUACCUGGCAACCGACGAAACCUACGAGGAACCGGGUAUCCAUGCAUAUAGUGACAAUCGGUCGCUUCCAAUCCGAGAUGCAGAUCGUAACGAUGGAGCUCAUCAUCAACGGGCCGAGGGAUCUCAGGAUCGACCCUGGUCUAUUCC